AUGGACAAGUCCAAGAAAUCCAAAAACUUCAAGAAAAUCGGCCAGCCGCGAAUCAUCACCGGCGCGUCCAUGUACGACUACCAGAUCCAUGGAAUCGAGUGGAUGGCGUCGUUGUACGAGAACGGGCUCAAUGGCAUUCUGGCCGACGAAAUGGGAUUGGGCAAGACCCUUCAGACCAUUGCAUUCCUUUCUUUCUUGAUAGAGAAGCAGGUUGGCGGGCCCUAUCUGGUCGUGGUUCCUCUGAGCACGCUCAACAACUGGGAAAAUGAGUUUCGUAAGUUUGCACCGAGUAUUCCCGUUGUCAAGUUUUAUGGCGACAAAAAGGAGCGGGCGGCACUUUGGAAGGGUGUGCGAGUGGACUAUGAGAUGAGGGGUCUGAAAAAAAGGGGUGGGAAAGACGGCGAGUUUGUGGAGACCUUCCCGGUAGUCAUCACCACUUACGAGACGGUUGUGAUGGAGACCCGACGUCUGCAGAUGAUGACGUGGAAGUAUCUCAUUGUGGACGAGGGCCAUCGCAUCAAGAACGUCAACAGUUUGCUUCUGAAGAAACUGAAGCUUCUGGAUACGUCGAAUCGUCUGCUUUUGACCGGCACUCCUCUGCAGAACAAUUUGACGGAGCUUUGGUCUCUUCUCAACUUUCUGCUUCCCGACGUGUUUUCCGACCUCAGUAUGUUCCAAUCGUGGUUUGACGAGAAAGAAAACGGGUCUGGCGACGGGUUUGGCGGCGAGAAUCGAUCGGCGGAGUUGGUGGAGACUCUUCAUUCGAUUCUGAAGCCGUUUUUGCUGCGACGGCUCAAGUCGGAAGUCUAUUCGAAUCUGCCCGACAAACGCGAGUACUUGAUUUACAUCCAGAUGGCUCCUCUUCAGGAGGCUCUGGAGCACCGCCUGCGACGUCAUGCACGGACAAUCAACACCAAGGCCCAGAAAAAAGACCGGGUCACUCCCGAGAUCGUUCCCGAGCCUCUUGGCAAGCGGGUCCGAAAGCAAAUCGUGCGGGAAGACGUGGUUGACACUUUUGACGCUGAUUUGGGGUCCGACGAUGAUGGAUACGACUCGAACGAGAGUGUCGAUCGAGACCUGAAGCGCCAGAAGAAGGAGGACUAUGAAGAAGAAGAGGAUUAUGAGGACGGAAGUGACGGAGAAGAGGAGGAGGAAGAGGAGGACGAUGAAGAGGGGGGUUCUGAGGUCGAAGAUGAGGGCAUCAGAAAAAAGAAGAAGAAGCACGUGAAUUCAACUACCUCGUCUUCGUUGCUUCCUCCGGCCGACAAAGCGGCGCCCCUAACCCAACUCCAAAAAGACAUUAUCGAGGGGCGGGUCAAAUGGGUUGAUAACAAGUGGGUCCCCAAGACGGAGGAGGAACUGGCCAAGAUGGAGGCCGAUAGAGCGCUGGCCGAGAAUUUGAUGAACGAGCACACCAUGAGCGAAACGGCCCAAAUGGCUGAUCACGUGCCCAAAGACAUCCUGGACGUGAUUAACGAUACGAAAAACGCCUCUACUACCAUCCCCUCCCUGCAACCCAUGCACCCGGACGCGCCCAGGCACGCCAUCAAGUCUGAUCCUCACCAAAUGCCGCCGAAAAACUACUACUCGGCUCCAGAUGGCAACUGGUACCCGCUGUACCUUCAUCCGUUGUUCCCAAAAAGGAAACAGACGGUGACAGGGAUGACCAAUCACGUGAUUGGCAGUGACGGGUUUGGGAAACCGCUCAAGGAGUCACAUCAAAAGUCUCGUGAGCAAAAGUCUCGUGAGCAAAAGUCUCGUGAGCAAAAGUCUCGUGAGCAAAAGUCUCGUGAGCAGUCGCCGUCGCAGAAGUUAGGCUCUUGCGUCAGCACUGCCGCCAAAGUCGAGUCCCGUGACCUCACCUCUUCCUUCUCGGUGAAAAAGGAGUUGGAUCCUGUUGAUCAGUACAUGCUUCGGUUACAACUGCUCAAAGAGAAGCGCGAGAAAGAGGAGGCUGAGGCGGCAGCUGAGCGGGCGAAAAUGGAUCCUGUGGAUGCCUAUGUCGACAAACUGAGGCAAUUGCAGCGUUUGUCGCCUGAGGACGAGGAGGAGACGGAUGUGGAGACGAAGAUGGAAGAGGAAUUGAGACGGUUGAGAGAAGAGACUCUCAAUUCACUAGAUUCGGUGGAAGCAGAGACAGAGACCGAGUCCCGUGAAAUGAGGGAGUUGAGGGCGGAGUUGUUGGGUUUGAAGAAGCAAGAGGAUGUCAAAAGUGAGUCUGAGACUGUCAAGAAGGGGUCUUUCGGGGAGGACAAGGACUCGAUGAAGAAGGAGCAAGUAUCUAUUUCGUCUUUUGUGAAGAGUGAAUCGGAGGGUGUUACCUCCAAAAAUGAUUCUGAGUCUUCUGGUGUUUCUGAGCCUUCCGCGGUCACUGUCACAUCUGGAAUGGCUUUUGAGCCGAUUUACAGUGCUUCCCAGUCUUCUGAAGUGACUCAUAAUGCCCCUGAAACGGUUCAGUCGCCUUCUAUGGUCUCUGACACGACGCUGAACCCUUCUACGCUCUCUGACACGGCUCUGAACCCUUCUAUCGUCUCUGACACGGCUCCAAAACCUUCCACGAGCCCUUCUGUGACGCCAACAGCCCCUAAAACGGUUGUGAAGCCUUCUACGACCUCUCAACUCUCUGCUGUCCCUCUCACGACGAUCUCAGACUCGGACUCUGACGAGUUUGCCUCUGCCAACGAGGACUUGCAAGAAUCCAACGGAAAGGUUCCACCAGAAGAUCUGGACGAAGAAGUUAGUGAGAAACUCAAGGAGGAGGUCAAGAGCGAGCAGAAGGUGGUGGAUUCGGUUGAUGAGAAAGCCGCCGAGGUGGUGCAGGAGCUGUCGACUUCGGUCAUGCCUUCACGCGACCUCACUCCCGAGGAGCUGGCUCCGGAUAUUACGGAGUUCUUGUCUACGAUUGCGUUUGACAAAAUCUCCACUUCACAGACCCUGGCUAAUCUCCGAAAAGUGGCCAAUUCGCCAUACCUCGUCAAGUUCCCCUGGGGCGAGGAAGAACCUGUUGACGAGCGAAUCAUUUCUGAUUCAGGCAAGAUGAGGGUGUUCGAUCAGCUGGCGAUGGAGCUGGUGAGCAGAAAGCACAAAAUGCUAGUGUUUUCGCAGUUCUCCGGCACCCUGGAUCUGCUCACCGAAUGGUGCGAGUUCCGUCACUUGCCUUACUGCAUGUUGAUCGGAUCCAUGGGUUUGGAGGAGCGUCAGGAGAUGAUUGAUGCGUUCAACGAGGAAAGUGGCCCGUCCAUUUUCUUGAUCACUACACGCGCAGGCGGCACCGGCAUCAAUUUGACCGCUGCGGACUCGGUGGUCAUUUUUGACAGUGAUUGGAACCCCCAACAAGACAAGCAGGCGAUCGAUCGGAGCCAUCGAAUUGGCCAGAAGAAGCCUUGUGUCAUUUACCGGCUCAUCUCAACCAACACCAUGGAAGAAAUGCUGGUUAGAGUGGCUAGUGAUAAAAAGAGACUGGAUGAGAUGGUCAUUCAGGCCGGAGAUUACUCCGGCUUCUCCAAGGACGCCAACAAAACCGUGGAUAUCGACAAGACGUUUCUGCGAGAGAUUAUGACCGGUAAGAGUGAUUAUGAAGCGCAUGAGGGCAUCGAGAAGAUUGAUGACGAGCUGAUGGAAACCCUGUUGGAUCGAAGUGACGAGAGUUACAAGAGACACAGAGAUAAGACGGUGGAGCUACCUAAGAGUAUCGAGGUGAUUAUUGGCUCGCGAGAUGAGCAUACGUGA